AUGUUGAUAAACUCUGUGGUAUCCUGGACUCUUGAAGAUGUACUAAAUCAUGACCUUUACAAAGAUAAGGUGGAGACGAUUCCGGAGACUUUCUCGUCGAUGGAGCAUUACUUCAAUUCAUUUCGGUAUCCUCUUCUUGAGGAAAUCCGCACUGAAAUAUACGCGAGCAUUGGAAAUCUAUCUUUGUCCCGAACGUGUAGCAUUUUCUCUAUUAGGAAAGAUCGAGGUCAUAAGCCACCAGAAAAUCUGUUGUACGGAAUUACAGUUGGCGGUAAAUAUCUGCCCCAUUGUAAUGAUGUAAUUGCCUUGUUGGAUGAGAGACCUUCAACUCUGGAGAACUUAAGCAGACCUGGGAGACUGUAUGUUCCAGCUAUAGUAUUGGGUGUAAGCUAUACACGAAAACAUAAAACACUCCACAUCCUUGCAUCAAAACCCAUUAUGGCAGAAAAGCAUGAGAAGAAGAUGAAGAUUACACCUAAGUUUGCAGUGUCCCUCAUAAACCUUAUACCCAGUCUUCGUAUAUGGGAAGCUCUAAAAGAUGGCAGGAACGUGAACAUUAUCAAGGAGGUCUUGUCUUCUGCUUCCCAGGAUGAAGGUAGUUGUGGUAUGUGCUCUCAGCAAGUUGAAUGCCUCCAUGAACCCGAUUUGCGUUCAUUCAAUCUGAAUGAGUCGCAACUUGAUGCAGUGCUAAGCUCUGUUGCAACAAGUAAAUGUGAUCACAAAAGCUCUAUCAAACUUAUAUGGGGUCCUCCUGGGACAGGGAAAACAAAAACAGUUAGUAUCAUUCUUUUCGAGCUGUUAAAGAUGAAAUGCAAAACUCUUAUAUGUGCCCCAACUAACACUGCAAUUGUGGAAGUUACUUCACGGCUCAUGAAGAUUAUUAACGGUGCCUCGAAACAUGGCAGUUAUGGUUUGGGAGAUAUAGUGUUACUUGGAAAUGAAGACCGACUGAAGAUUAAAGAACAUGAUGAGCUUGCUAAUGCUUUUCUUGAUAAACGUAUUGAAGUACUUAGCAAGUGCUUUACCAGUUUUUCUAAAUGGGGUAGUUGGGUAGGAACUAUGAAAUCAUUGCUUACAGACUCUUACCAACAGUACCAUAAGUACUUAAAAAAUAGAAAAAACACCAAAACUAGGAAACGGGCCUGCUGUCUGUUUUGCCCUAAGAUAGAUCAAACUGACAAGCUAGAGGACGAGAAACUAAGCAUUGCUCUAAGAAUCGGUUUAUAUAUGAGGAAAAAAUUAAGCGGCUUUGAGAAAGAAAUGAGUUAUUGCAUAAGAUGUAUCUGCACUCACAUGCCAACUUCAGUUAUUACAGCUGAAGUGAUGGAUAAUAUGCACAAAGCACUUGAUUUGCUUAAGCAUUUUAUAUCUCUGGUACAGGAGCGUUCUUUUACCGAAGAACAAAUUAAAUUAAUCUUCUCUAGUUCAGAAACUAUAGGAUAUACUGUUAAUGACCCUUCUUUACUCUUAUUGGGUACGAGCCGUAAUGAAUGCCUUGAAAUUCUAUGUUCCCUCGCCAAAAUCUCAAUACGGAAGUUUCCUAAUGAUGCUGCCAUCAGAAAGUUUUGCUUGCAAAAGGCUUGUCUGAUAUUCUGCACUGCAUCAAGCUCUGCCAAAUUAAGUGAAAUCAAGAAAACGAAAUUAGUGAUUAUUGAUGAAGCUGCUCAACUUAGAGAAUGUGAAUCAGGAAUUCCCCUGCAACUACCGGAUGUCCAACAUGCUAUUCUCAUAGGUGAUGAACGCCAGCUGCCUGCAAUGGUUCAAAGCAAGGUCUCAGAAGAAGCUAAAUUUGGAAGAAGUCUGUUUGAGCGAUUGGUUUCACUAGGACACAAGAGGCAUCUUCUUGAUGUACAGUAUAGAAUGCACCCUUCCAUUAGCUUGUUCCCAAAUGCUGAGUUCUACGACAAAAAGAUUUCUGAUGCUUCUUCUGUUCAAGAAAGAAGCUAUACAAAGGAUCUGCUGCAAGGAAAUAUGUAUGGCUCUUAUUCUUUCAUCGAUAUUUCUUAUGGAGGGGAAGAAUUUGAUAAUAAGCACAGCCGGAAAAAUAUGACGGAGGUCGCAGUAAUAAAUGAGAUAAUUAAAAACCUAUUCAAAGUUGCAAAUGGCCAGAAGGUGAGCAUCGGUAUUAUAUCUCCAUAUAAUGCACAAGUUGUUGCAGUCUCUGAGAAACUUGGAGACAAAUAUGGAACACACUGCGACUUUUCAGUGAGUGUCCGUUCAGUUGAUGGGUUCCAAGGUGGAGAGGAGGACGUUAUAAUUAUAUCUACUGUGAGGUCGAAUGGGAAUGGUUCAAUUGGUUUCCUUUCUGAUGAGCAAAGAACGAAUGUCGCUCUGACAAGGGCAAGGUGCUGCCUCUGGAUUCUUGGGAAUGGCGAAACUUUAAUGAACAGUGAUAGUGUUUGGAGGAAAAUAGUUCUUGAUGCAAAAGAUAGAAGGUGUUAUUUCAAAGCUGAUGACGAUAAGAGAUUAUCGGAAGUAAUCAUAGAUUCCCUGAUUGAGCACGGCAAAUUUAAAGAGUUGAGAAGUAUGAAGUCUCUACUUUUGAAAGAAGCAAGAUGGAAGGUUACAUAUGGAGAUGAAUUUUGGGAGUCAUUUGUCAGAAUCAAGAGUGUUGUGACUCGGAAGGGAGUAGUCGAUCUUGUAAAGAAGCUUUCAAGUGGUUGGCGUGAUCGUCGUUCCAGACUAGAAAACCGUCAAAUCAUGAACGGACCUUCAUCACAGUUACUGAAAUGGAACCAUGUGAAUGCGCACUAUAAACUUCUUUGGACUACAGAUAUUAUCAAGGAUGAUUCCAAAUACACCCAAGUCCUGAAGUUUUUAAAUAUUUUACCUGAGAAGCAGAUACCCAGAUUAGUUAAGAAACUUGACAUUGCCUUCGGGAGGACACUGGAAGUUCCUAUGAGCUGGGAAAUCGAUCAUGACAACAAGCAAGAAGACUGUGUUGAGCUGUCAACUGCAUUGGCUUCAUUCCGUUUGAGAUAG